AACCUUCUGACAUCUGACCGAAAACUCUGUUUGGCAUGCCUGGCAAACAUCUUGAGUAUUUACAUCAAACCUCACUCACCAUUAGAUUAACCUACAAAAAGGUUCCAUAUUCGGCACCCUGCUGGCUAUAGGACAAGCGAAUGGGCAUCCUGUUCACAAAGUAUCAUGUGCCAAUGGGCCUAACUCUCCUACGGCGAGGAGUUUGCCCACAUUUUUUGCCAUCCUGCGGUAAAACACGGGGGACAUAUUGCUCCACACAGAGCCGCCCCCAAGAACCAGUGCCACGACAGCCGCGACCACUUAAGCAACCCCCAGCGUUACAUCCAACACCGCGACCACAACCACCAACGGCUUGCCGGGACUUUAGUCAUUCGACUGGAGCCUUAAAGUCUGCUAAACGCAAGCAUCCGUCGAAGAUCCCAAAACCCCACAAGCCAAAGCCUAGAUCCGCCCCUUCUAAGGCUACCAAGACCAAGAUCAGGAUGGAUAACUUUGUGGAAUACAAAACCUUGAGAGCCUUUCCUUACAAAUUUCUAUCCAGAGCCGAUCAACAUGUUGUCAGCCGUUUCUUUGAUUCCAAGCCCUUUCAUGCCUACGGCUGGAGAAUGUUAGUCACACCGCCGUUCAUCUUUCUCCAUUCGGAUAGAGCACCGCCAUCUAACGUCGGACUCCUAGAUACAGCUACGAAACUCCUGUCAGCGGAACCCUUUUGAUCCCUUGGGUUCAGGUAGAUCAGUUCUUCAGGGAGGUCGCCGCUGAAACCAACAUCCGCCUCUUGCAGAAUUUCCCACUCGAGAAGAUUUCCUAUACCUUGGACUCCAUGGAUGAUGUUCCUAUCCUCAUGGGUGAGUUCGGGAGCAAGGCGGAAUUGGACGAAGCUCUACAAACAUCCGGUGCUUCGGUGAGAAAGGCAUCCGCUAAGAAGAAUAGCAAGUCUAAACGAAAUGCGGCGAAAAGGCUUCAGGCAAUGGAAACUUGGAAAUCCCAAGUGGAAUCCGCAAGGAACCAUCUCGGAUACACCCAACAAGCUUCUGGACAUGAGGUCGAAAAAACCUUCCCGGUCUUUGUGAGCAUUGACGUUGAGGCAUUCGAACACAAUCACAACGUAAUAACUGAGGUUGGCAUCGCCAUUCUUGAUACCACGAAAAUCCCUCCCCCCCAGGAGAAUGCCGCGGGCCGCGAAACAAUCUUGAAAGCUAUUCAAGAUAGCUUUGGUCUAUCCAAUGCUCCCCUCCGUAGGAGUGACGCUAUAAUCAGCAUCAUCAAGACCCACCAUUUCCGUGUUAGUGAGCAUAGAAACAUGCGUAAUGGUCAGUUUGUCACGGACGCUGCGGAUCUUUUCAUGUUUGGGGAUUCUGAGUUUGUGUCGUUGGAGAAACUCCCCAAAAGAAUCGGCGAGUGCUUUCGCCACUACGACAACUACGGUGAAAAGAGAAGGGUUGUGCUCGUUGGGCACGAUGUCAAGACCGACGUUGACUUUUUGAUGGCGGUUGGUUACGAUGUUAGCAAUAUCUCCGGUUUGGAGGUUAUCGACACCACUUGCAUGUGGAAGGCAGUAAUGAGCGACCACCAGAGCAAAGGCUUGGGGCCAAUGUUGUAUGACCUUGGUGUUGAUUUUAGGCAUCUGCACAAUGCUGGUGAGCCUUUCCCCCCCUUUCCCCACAUCUCUGCCUCAAUUGUCCCCGGUAGGAAAUUAAUAAUUCCCAAAUGAUCAGGGAACGACGCGGCAUAUACCCUUCAAGCGCUUGUCAAAUUGGCAGAAAUCGGGCUCCUAAAGGGCGGGGAAGACGGCGCCAGCGCAAAACCUUCGCCAAACCUCUAUCGCCCAAUCUGGCAGAAAGCCGAGAAUGUUCAGAUUGGAUUCGCUGACGAGGCCGACAACAGACAAGCAAACACCCUGCCGCCCACGAAGCCAGUUCCUCGGGAGAUCGAGGAAGCAGGCGAUAACAGCGAGGGAAGCAGUUUGAGCAUGAGCGGUGAUGGCUGGGAUUGACUAUAUGGCAGUUUCCUAAGCAUUUGUUUUGUUGCGAUCCUUUCCUUCCCUCUCUUCUCUCUUGUCGAGCUCUCUCAUUAUCCAUAGAACUUGAGCUAAAAUGGCACACUGAUUCUGUUUGACGUCCCUCUUGUUCUGCGUGUAUUUUUUUUUCUAUUUUUUUUUCCCCUUCCCUCUGCGCUUCCCUUUCUCCCCGAGUUGUGUCUGCGAGAAAGGGAGAGAAAGAAAGAAAGAAAGGGGGAAAAAGAAAAGCCAACCCGAAGGCCCAGCUAACCAGCUGGGAGCCAACGGUCAAACCGGCACUCUUUAUGCUCCACCCUUCAAACGCACCCACAGCAACAACCCAUUAACCACUCUUCGAGUGACAUACCAUGAUCAGCAAGUGAGCCGCCCGAUCCAGAGAGGACGUGUAGAACAUUGAUAGGGUAAUGUGAUGGAGCCGAG